AGAGAUUUUGGCGCAAAUCCUGUUUAUGAUUUGAGGUUAUUUCUCUUUGGGAAGCACAAUUUCUCUCUGUGUAAAUUUUAGCAAUUUUUACUUGAAUAAAAUGAAAUUUGAACGUUCUCUGACACGCUAUGGUCAUGGGAGUGGUUAUACUUCUGUUUGCUAUGAAACCGGAACUGACAAUAUCAUUUCAUCCGGGAGCGAUGGUGAUAUUCAUGUGUGGAAGGGCGUGGAGGAUGAUGAUCCCAUAACUGGCUGUGCUGGAGAAUUCAUCUCUUGUCUCGCCUUCUACGAUGAUCGCAUCUUUGUGGGCACAGAACUCAAUGUCAUCCAAAUCCUCACCCAUCGAGAUUUUGAUCGUGACGGCACUCAGUUCCGUUUUACUGCCCCCGCGACUGCCCUCCGCGUUACUGAUAAGUAUGUGGCAGCUGGGAGUGAGGAUACGACGAUUAAAGUGACAAUUAAGGAGAAAUCCGAAGAGGUUGAGCUGACGGGACAUUCUGCACCAAUUCUGGCGCUUGAUGUUAGCCCUGAGGGUUACCUGGCUUCCAGUUCCGGGGAUGGUACACUGAGGGUGUGGAAGAUUGACGAUCAGAGUGUUGUUAAGACCAUUGAAGGAUUCCCAUUAGUUAAGACUAUUUCACUGGCUGAAGGAUUUGCAAAUCCGUCAUUUUACCCGAAAUUCGGGAAGUACUUGGCCUAUCCGAAGGGAAAGGAAAUUAUCGUUCUGGAAUCAUCCAAUUGGACACCCAAACACGUCCUAAAGAAUGAUAAAAUAUCCGGAAUGUUCUCAAUUUGCUCCUUCUCCCCAUGUGGGAAGUUUAUCUGUGCAGGAAGCACAACAGGAGAGAUCAGUGUUUGGGAUUUUAACACCCUCGAGUGUCUCAAGGGUCCAACAAAGGGGGAGAAUAGUGACAUGAUCACAUCCCUGGAUUGGUGCUCGAGUUCUGGAGAUCAAGUUGUUUUUGCUGACAAAGCUGGGCAGAUUGCAUGCAUCACCAUCAAAGACAAUGAGGGGAAACGCCUGGCAGAUGUGGCGGAAGAUCGUGAGAAUUUCCUGGAGAUGGAAGCAUUCGGGGAGUCUGGUACAGAGAGUGAGGACAGUGAGGAUGAGGACAAUGAGAAUUGUAUCUCCCUCAAGCGCAUCAAGAAGGCAACCCUACGGCCUGUGGAAGAUAUCGAUGAGGACGUGAAGAGUGUAAUAGACAUCCGGAAGGAGCCUGAAGUUAAGCUGUCACCGCUGCAGGGACCAUUUCAGCCAGGAGCUACGCCGGAAGGGCUGGAGCAUCGAUAUAUGGCGUGGAAUAGUGUGGGCAUUGUUAGGGCACAUCGAACGGACACCGAGAACUCCAUUGAGGUGGAAUUUCACGAUGUAGUCGUCCAUCAUGCCAUCCACAUGAAUAACUUCCUGGGGCACACCCUUGCUGGGCUAAGUGAGCGCGUCCUAGCUCUCUCUGGAUGUUCUCCGUGCAAAGUUGUGGGAAUCGCGUUGGGAGCUGGAAGUAGGGAGUGGUCAGUGAGUCUACCAGGGUGUGAGGAAGCCCUCGCGCUCACUGCUUCGGAUAAACUCGUCGCUGUGGCCACAGAUGAGCGCCUCCUGCGCAUCUUCACCACUCUCGGAACACAGAGGGAAGUUAUCUCCAUCCCAGGCGCUCCUGUUGCCCUUGCAAGUCACUCUUCUCGCCUCCUUGUCAUCUAUCACACCACUUCCACAGCUCUCGAUGCCGAUCAGCAUCUCAGCAUGAUGCUCAUUGAUGCGUUUGGUCUUCAGCUGCGCUCCAUCGACACGAGGCUCCCUCUAUCGCCUAAAUCUCGUCUCUUCUGGUGUGGCUUCACCGAUGCCGGAUCUCCGGCCACCUUCGAUACAGCUGGAAUGCUGCGGAUCUUUGUUCGAACGGCCAAUCUUUGGUAUCCUGUCUGCGAUCUUUCCCAGCACACAAAUGGCGCAUCCGACACGUACUACAUUGUCGAGGUGUCCGAAGAGAAACAACUCGUCCGGGCAAUUCUUUGCCGCGGGAUUUCCUACCCACUCACCUCACCACAUCCUGUUGUCAUGGAGAUUCCCCUGCAGAUACCCCUGUGUGAGAUUGAAGCUGAAAAAUCCACCUGGGAAGACGCCCUUGUGCGUCAGGCAACAUUCAAUGUGGACAAUCGGGAGAAACUUAUGCGCGAAACAGCCAUUAAACUCUUUGCUCUGGCCUGUAGGAAUGAAAUGGAAGCACGUGCAAGUGAUCUCAUUGAGAUGAUCGGGUGUGCACAGCUUGUCCCCCUGGCUGCAAAGUACGCCAAUAAACUCGGCAGGAUCCACUUGGCAGAGAAAUUGGGGCAGAUGUUGCCACAAAUUGAGGAAUUGGAGCGUGAACGUGAGAAGGAGAAUCGUGGUUAUCCGGAAAUUGAAGAAACCCAAAAUAUCUUCCCAAUGACCCCUACGCAAGCUCCUAAAACCCCUUCUACCCCCAUUGUAGCCCCUAAGCCCAUGUUAAAGGGUUCCGGGAAGCGAAAUCCCUUCCGGAAAUCCACAACUUCAUCCCCUGUGACCUCCUCCGGUGACCCACUGUCGCAUUUAACUGAGAAAAUUGUCGGUUUCCCCCUCAAUAGUUCCUUCACACCCAAAACCGACGAUGAGAAAUCAUCUGAAGCACCUCCCAAGACUUUCAUGGUGUGGUUUACGGAGAAUCGUGAUGAGCUGCAGAAGGAAAUGCCCACAGAGCACACCCCAGCGCAACUCACAUCCUUCGCCAUGAAGCGCUACAAAGCCCUCGUGCAAACCCCAACGGCUAAACGAAAGAUGGACAAUGACGGAGCUGGACCAGCAAAGAAAGUUUGCUAAAUUUCUGCAACUUUAUUUCACAUGUUAGCCCAUGUUCGUCCGUGUUCUUCCCAUUGCGAUACUUUCUCCAUUUUUUUUUCUUUUAUAAUAAACAUUUAAUUAAAUUCAAUAA